AGAGUGUUUUUGACGCUGACUCCCGGUCUGAGUUCGCCGUUCGUAAAAAUAGUGGUUGAAAAGACGGCGCGCGCGCCGCUCGCAUCGUUGAAAUACAACUGUGUUUAAACUAACGAAAAUAAUAGAAUAUUCCGUGCAUUUUUCAUUUGAAUAGUUUUUGUGCAAGUGAAGUGAAUAUUGACGACAGGAGUGAAAAGUAAAUGUUUUUUGUCAAUAGUGUUUUCUUAGAUGACAUUAAAUAGUGUAAUAGUGUGUUUAAAUGAAAUAGGAAUAGUUUAUUGUGUUAAUAGUGAACGUGUAAUAAGGAGUUCCUGGAAUUAGGACUAAUUUUAAAGAUAAGUGACGUGCAGUGCAGUGCAGUGCGAGUGUGAUGCGGGAAGCGUGAGCAUGGAGAGUGGUUUGCCGGCGCCCGACGCCGACGACGGCCCGCCGGGCUCGUCCGGUAGCGGCUCCUCGUCCGGGACCGGAUAUUAUCACAAAAACGGCGAAUGGCGCGGCGAGCGGCGACUACUGGAUAUCACGAGAGACAAACCCGUCAAGCUGUGCGUUCGGGUCGCGGUCCCCGUCAGGGACCACCCCAAGUUCAAUUUCGUUGGGAAGCUAUUGGGCCCAAAAGGCAACUCUCUGAAGAGGUUACAAGAGGACACACUUUGUAAGAUGGCUGUGCUCGGCCGUGGAUCCAUGAAGGAUCGACAGAAGGAGGAAGAACUGCGUGUGUCAGGCGACCCGAAGUUCUCACACUUGGCAGAAGAGCUUCACGUCGAAGUGAGCGCCUUCGCCACGCCCGCCGAGGCGCAUGCGCGUGUUGCGUACGCGCUUGCAGAAUUACGACGGUUCUUAGUACCAGAUUACAAUGAUGACAUCCGACAAGAGCAGAUGCUGGAGAUGCAGCUACUGGCCCAGGCGCCGCGCUCGCCUCCCGCCACCCCGCCGCAUCCCGCGCCCCGCCUCAGUCCAGCACCGGAAGACCACAAACACAGGGCCGCAGGGCUGGCGUGUGCGUCGCUGGCGGGCGCCGCUCGCGACUACUCGCCGCCGCUGCCCGCGGCGCCCGAGCACCAGCAUCAUCAGCUAGCAGCGAGCCAUGGAGUUCUGAUGGGCAGCGUGCUGCCACCGCACUUACUGCAUAACUCCAUACUAGGUACUAACGGCGGGGAGCUCCUGGGCCUGGGGUCCCCGGUGCUGCGGGGAGUGCUGCGCGCGCCGCCCGCGCCCCCCGCGCCCCCCGCGCCUCAAGGUGCGGGUGGGGCUGCGACGGGUGCGGUGGUGGGGGCGCGCAAGCGGCCGCUGCUGGGCGCCGCGCGCGCUAAUAUGUCGCCGACGAAGCGCGCCGUCAUCACGCUAUUGGCGCGCGCUCGCGCCGCCGCGCACCGCCGCCCGCCCGCUUGGCGACAUGAACACGGCGCCCUCCUGCCGCUACUGCGUGAGGAGUUCGCGGCGGCGGCCGGCGCGCCGCGCGUCAACCUCGCGUAGUGGUACUCGUAGUGCCCGCGCGAGUACCGUCGACCUCUCGUUGCUGCACCGGCCGAUGUGACGUCGAGCUCAUUUAAUUUAAUAAUUGGAUUUGAAUACUCAAAGUACACCCAAGAUCAAACGUAUGGAAACUACGUUGUUUUCUUAUCUCAUGCUAGUCAUGUGUUAUGUUGUUUAUUUAUAACCUUAAACUUACAUUAAACAACCCGAUAAGAUUAAACUUACACGCUUUAUCAAAACAUCAUAAUUGUCCAAAAACAGGAAAUGAUCGGAGCGGUCGACUUGCUCAAAAAUAUCUGAUAACGCAUUCUAACGCCUUGACAAUAGAGACGUGUUCAGAUAUUUGCGAGCACUUCGGCCGUCCGAUAUAUCUGAUUGCGACUGUACCUCAUUUCAUUAUUUCAUGUGUGUCGAAUGCUAGGCUAAGUAAUUAUAUGAUCGUUCAAGAUACACAAUUAUUUUAUAAACAAUAUCAUCUAUUUUUUUCGACAUGAGAAAGAAAACAAUAAGAUUAAAAUUAAUAAUUUAAACUUCGCAAAAUGUCACAAAGGCUUGGACGGCUACAGCUCACUAGUGUUAGUCGAGGCUUAAAGGCUUAAAGCAAGCCUUCUCAAGCAGUCUUUAAAACUCUGCUAAGACUAACACACUAAACUCAACGGCUCAUAACUUUGAAAAGCACAUUUCGACAAAUAAAGGUAACGUUCAGAUUUCAACUGCAUUACUGUUGCGGCACAGUUGUUACUGCCACUGUAUCUGUCAAUUCCUUUGAUAAAAUAAAAUGAAACGAAUGCGGCUGCGAACGUUUCAUUUUAUCGAGGAAUUUGCCAGAACGACGCCGCAUCCGUAAUGUAGCUGUAGUUGACAUCUGAAACUCACCUUAACAUGAUUUGUACUAUAUUGUUUAAAUUUUAUAUUUAACCAUCGAGCUGUGCUUUACAAAGGCUUUAAGGCUGCAACAGUCUGGAUUAUUUCAAAAAUUUGUGUGAGAACUCAGUCUGUUUUAGCCUUUCUUUUUAAAUUAAUAGUGCAAUUUUGUUAUCGUGAUUUCUGUGUCGUUGAGUGGCGGCGCGUCAAAAAUAUUUUUAUUAUGGCAUUCCUAAUAUCACAGCUCAAUGCUCAAUGUUGAAAAAUAUCUCCUAUGAGAGCCAACGCAGCGGUUCGUAGCCUGAGUAAGGGCAUUUACUUGUGUGUUCAUGACAGAUAUUUGUAACCGGGGCCGGCAAAACGUCCCACUUAUCGAUUGUCAUAAGGACGAAAUUUGCUUAUGACAAGCGGUUGUUCCUGUGUUAUGAAUAUUUUCUAUAUUAUAUACAUCGUUGUUCACAACAUAAGCCUUAUUGAGUUUACUGUUGGACUAGGUCGAUUUGUGUAGAAAUGCCCUAUAAUAUUUAUUCAUUUAUGAGAAUUUUAUGGACGCCCCGCCACUGGUAUAGUUAGAGAAACCCCAAAGCUUAUAUUUAGGCGUAAUUAUGGACCACUUGUAUUUCGGGAUAUCCUCUGCCUUGUAGGACUGUAAAUAAGAUGUAUGAUGUACAAGCGUUGCUAUUUGUGGACAAAAAAGCAAGCAAAUUGUUCUUAUAAUAUAACCAACUCGUAUAAUGAAUCCUGCGCAGAUGUAGGUAUGAGCUAAUUUGAUUUAUCUUCUCUAUACCAGAAGAACAAAAAGUUAAGAACAUUGGCGAAACAAACGUUCACAUUUUUGGUGCGAAAACAAAGUUAACUCCAGUCUUAGACGAUUUGAGGACAGACUCAAAAAUAAGCUUCAUUAUUCUUAAGUUUCGAGAAUACAAAAAACUUUUUGUUUACGGCACGCCUUAGGGAGACGUAUAAAAGAAAGGAAUGGAGAAUUCAUAACGCACGCAUCUGGUAAUCUUCAGUUGUUCCGUUGGUUACAAGCGUUAUAACAAGUAUUCCGACAGGUCGCAAAUUCGAAUCUUGCCCGCAGUGGUGAUUUUUUUUUUCUUUAAAUCAAAAAUUGUUACUUGAUUAAUGUGGUAUUUUUGUUCCACCAAUAGCAACGUUCGAUGAUGUAUCACUAUUUAAGUAAGCGACGGGACGAGUAUCCCGUUUGAAUCAGGAAAGCUAAAUUUAUUAU